AUUGCUUCAAAGCUCAUCCGAUUCUUGUACUUCAUCGGCGUCGGUGUUUUCACUAUCACUGAGAAGACGUGGAGAGGACUGGAGUUCAUCGGAGUUCGACGAGAAGUCGCUGGUCGUGACAGACAUGCCUAGAGGUAAAGGAAGGAUUGGGCCAUAUCGAGGAGAAAGGUCUUGCGGGAUGUACACUAAUCCUACAAAUGAAGAGAACUUAACAAAUCCUGUAAAUGCCAUCAACUUAAUGAUAUAGAAACUGAGGCCCCUAAUCCCACAAAUGCAUCAUGUGAUAUUUCAAACAAUGACCCAAAUCAUACAAUUUCAACUCCUACUAUAUCCCAAGCUAGUAAUGAUCCAUUUGAUGCAAAAGCUAAUGGAGGUAGACUUCGCAUCGUGGUUGUGAAUGGAUUGUUAGAACCCUCUAGCAAAUGUUCACCUGUGAUAACAAAGGUGUUCAAGCAAAAGGUGGACACUAAUGGCUACAUAUGGAAAACAAUUUCACAAGCUACAAAAGAUUUUUAUUUUGAGGAGUUUAGGAAGCAUUGUGUGUGGGAUUCUUCAAUGGAGGCUCAAGUGAAGGUGGCAUGGGUUAUCAAAGCUUCACAACGAUACAGUGAUUUUUUGCGAGAUAUAAGAAAUUCUGAAAAGAAACCAGAAUACAUGUCUGAUGAUGUUUGGAGACAUUGGAAAGCCUCUUGGGAUAAACCUGAAUUUAAGAUGAAACGAGAAAAAAAUUCAAAUAACAGAAGGAGCAUUGCAGGACCAUCAUCUCAUACUGGAGGGUCAAUAUCAAAUGUUGAACAUGGCAAAAGACUUGCAUCUUCAUUAGGCCGUAUGCCUACACCACAUGAGUUGUUUCUUUUUACUCACACUAAGAAGCAUGAUGGACAAACUUUUAUUGAUGAAAAGUCUAAAUCACUCAAUGAUAAAGUAUUGAGCUUGAGAGAGGCACCUCAAACAAUUUCUGGAUCUAGAAAUGAUAAUUCUCAACCAAUAGAUGAGGUCGCACUUUAUUAUGAGGCAGUUGGUGGUGAAAAAAAGAUAAGGGUGUAUGGUCUUGGAUCUCAAGCAUCUUAUUAUUGUGGUGGUAAUACAAAUGCAAGCAAAUCAAGUACUUGCUCUUUUGAAUCACAAAAUCAAGAGGAGCUUCAAACUGAGUUGGCAACUAUGAAGAAGAAGAUAGAGGCUCAAGAUAAUUUGAUAGUUGAUUUGAAAAGAACAAUUGAGAUGUUGUGUAAUCACAUUGGUAUGCCUCCUCUACAUGGAACACAAAAUUCAAGUAACAAUCAACCAGAGGAGAGUGAAGGCACAAGAGAUGGAAAUGGAGAUGGUGAUGAAGAUCCUGGACUUUUAUAAAUAUUUGUGCUUUAAUUGCUACUUUUUUUGCUUGUCUAAC